UAUCCUCUGCUGCGCGCGUCCCCAAACCCUCCAGAUGAAGCUGCAGAGCAAAACCGCUCUAGUCCAGGUUUUCAUUUCUAUCUGUUUGGCAAAUAUGAGUUGAAUACUAGACAGCAGCUGAUCCGCCGGUAAGGGACGCUGCCCUGCAGGCUGCUCCUCACUCCUCCGCCUCUUUUCCACUCUGGCCGCUCCUUUACUCCUUCCCUCUGCACACCGAGAUGUGAUGUUCAGCGCUGCCAAAGGAGCAGAGGGCUUUCGCCGGCAUUUGGACUACCUCAUUUUUAUUAAUUUUUUAUUGGUCGCUUCAAAUGUGAAGCAUUAUGACCGAAGAAUCGCGAUCAGAAUGCGUUUCAUUUAAGGACACUUUUAUAAAUAACCAGGAGAAACGCGGAACUUGAUCGGUGCGUUUUUUUUUUUUUUGCGUUUCAUGCGCCCUGAGAGAUUCUAACUAAAUAGUGAAGAAAGGUGCAUGAGUUAACGGGAGGAAGAGGGGGGGUGGUGGGGAUGUGGGAUGAGGUGAGAGGAAAAAGAGUGAUCACCUUCCGAGGAUAAAAGGGAAAGAAAAAAAAAUCCGGAGGGCGAAAAUGCAGUUUGAGACAUUGCGUCAGUUCUGUAGCUCGGUUUUAUCACAUUUCAACGGGGCUUUCUCUGCACCUCAGAACAUCCUCCAAGCGGAGCUUUUCGAGCAGGCGUUGGGCAGCAUCGGGAAAAGAAGCCCAUCUGCAUCCAGGGAUCCAAACCAAAAAUACGACCAAAGGGAGGGGGGCGACCACCCACAGUAUGCACCCACAGACGGCAGUAUGCCCAGAUCACCGUCAGACUAUGGCGAUGGGGACCCACGGCGGGUUCCGCAGGGCCCACACAUAUUCCCAGAUGUCAAUGCGAUGCGAAUGGGCUACAGGGACCGUCGGGGUCCUGGCCGUUGGCAUUCCCAGGAAUAUCCACUUGACCAAGAGCUAGAUGGACCGCCGAGUGACUUUGACCUCCAGCGUCAGCGUCAGGAGGAGUUUCAAGCGCGGUAUCGCAGUGAUCCAAACCUGGCACGCUAUCCUGUAAAGCCUCAACCUUACGAAGAGCAAAUGAGAAUGCACGCUGAAGUGGGGCGGCUGAGGCAUGAACGUCGCCAUAGUGAUGUCUCCUUAGCCUACACAGAACAGGAUGACCCUGGCCCUAUUAGAUUGUCUCGUCAGCAUCUCACCGAGCGCAGGCCGCCUAUGGUAGGACAGCGCUCGUACUCUGUUGAUCGGUCUUCCCCAGGACCCAUUGGUCCUGGCUUUGGAAGUCACAGAAACUCCAACCGCAGCCCCCCAACGCCACAUCGGAGUCCUGUGCUUGGUGAUCGAUCAGGGGGGCUGCGAAGAGGAGACUUAGGGGAUCCUAUGAUGAGGCAGCAACACCAUUUGGACCCCAAUUCAGCUGUCCGCAAGACCAAGAGGGAGAAGAUGGAGAGUAUGCUAAGGAACGACUCUCUUAGCUCAGACCAGUCAGAGUCAGUGAGGCCCCCGCCCCCGAAGCCCCAUAAAACCAAAAGGGGGGGAAAGAUGAGGCAGGUAUCACUGAGCAGCUCAGAGGAGGAGCUGGCCACAACGCCGGAGUACACGAGCUGUGAGGAUGUGGAGAUUGAGAGUGAGUCAGUCAGUGAAAAAGGGGAGAGUCAAAGGGGAAAAAGAAAAACUAUUGAGCAGGCAUUUAUAUCCGAGCCGACACACACCUUAUCUGAGAGGCAAAAGAAAAUGGUGCGCUUUGGGGGACACUCAUUUGAAGAGGACUUGGCGUGGUGUGAACCACAGGUUAAAGACUCGGGAGUUGAUACGUGCAGUAGCACUACCCUAAACGAGGAGCAUAGCCAUAGUGAGAAGCACCCAGUGACAUGGCAGCCAUCCAAAGACGGAGAUCGCCUUAUUGGUCGUAUUUUGCUCAACAAACGUAUGAAAGAUGGAAGCGUGCCUCGAGACUCAGGAGCUCUACUUGGUCUAAAAGUAGUUGGAGGCAAGAUGACAGAAUCUGGGAGGCUUUGUGCUUUUAUCACUAAAGUCAGGAAAGGAAGUCUUGCGGACACAGUUGGACACCUCAGGCCGGGUGACCAGGUUCUGGAGUGGAACGGCCGGAUUUUACAAGGAGCUACAUUCAAAGAAGUUUACAAUAUCAUAUUAGAAUCCAAGCCUGAGCCUCAGGUAGAGCUGGUGGUCUCACGGCCCAUAGGAGAUGUUCCAAGGAUACCUGACAGCACACAUGCACAAUUGGAAUCAAGUUCAAGCUCUUUUGAGUCUCAAAAGAUGGAUCGGCCCUCAAUCUCUGUCACAUCCCCGAUGAGUCCCAGUUUGCUGCGGGACGCCCCACAGUACCUGUCAGGACAGCUCUCAAGCCAAAGCCUUAGUAGAAGAACAACGCCUUUUACCCCUAGGGUCCAGGUCAAACUCUGGUAUGACAAAGUGGGUCAUCAGCUUAUUGUAACUAUUCUGGGUGCCAAAGACUUGCCACCAAGGGAAGAUGGCCGUCCCAGGAACCCUUAUGUCAAAAUCUACUUCCUGCCUGACAGAAGUCUGAAUUAUUGUUCCUCCAGUGAUAAAAGCAAGAGGAGAACAAAAACAGUAAAGAAAUCCUUAGAGCCCAAAUGGAAUCAGACCUUUAUGUAUUCGCCGGUCCACCGGCGGGAGUUCCGCGAGCGAAUGCUGGAGAUCACGCUGUGGGACCAGGCCCGGGUCAGGGAAGAGGAGAGUGAAUUCUUGGGAGAGAUCCUCAUCGAGUUGGAGACGGCUCUCUUGGACGACGAACCUCACUGGUACAAGUUGCAAACACACGACGUGUCAUCCAUGCCACUGCCACGUGCCUCCCCAAAUUCACAACGCAGGCAGCUCCACAGCGAGAGCCCAACGCGGCGGCUGCAGACCAAAGGCUCAUAUUCGUAUGACUCAGGAUCCCAGCGGAUAAGUGACAGCGAGAUAUCAGACUAUGAUUGUGAGGAUGGAGUAGGAGUUAUAACAGAUUAUCGGCCAAACGGCAGAGACUUCCGGAGCUCCACGCUGUCUGUCCCGGAGCAGAUCAUGUCGUCUAACCACUGCUCUCGAUCGGCUGACAUAAACCGGGCUCGGUCGCGCUCUCCUAGUGUUCCACCAACCUCCAGCCGCAACCAUGGUGUGUACCCAAUCUGCAGAGAGGAAGCAGUCAGGUUACUGCGUUCCACUCGGAUGACCCGUGCCCAUUCAGAGGGCACCUACUCCUCCAACUUUGACUAUGAGAGGAACCACGGAUCCAUGGAUAGACACGAGUUUCACAGCAGGUCCCGCUCUGCCGACCAGCGACCCACUAUAGAACGCCUCUCAUCCCGCUCUCGCUCUUCUGAACGCCCCCACGACUCUUCCCUCAUGAGGUCGAUGCCAUCUCUGCCAUCUGGGAGGUCCGCACCCCCCUCCCCUGCCAUGACGAGGGCACAUCCUCGCAGUGGAUCUGUCCAGACCAGUCCCACCAGUACUCCCAGUAGACGAGGGCGACAACUCCCACAGCUUCCACCCACAGGCACAGAUAGAAAAGACACGGGCUCACCCAGUUGGACGAACUCAGGUAUGGACAUGGAGCAGAAGACCAGAAACAUGAAAUUAAAGUUGAACAAGUACAAGCAGGGAGCCAGCUCCGACUCCAGACUUGAACAAGACUACCCCAAGCGCUCAGGCAGAGACCCACGGGCCGCUGACAACCUGUCAGCCAGGUCAUCGGACAGCGAUGUAAGCGACGUGUCCGCUGUAUCGAGAACCAGCAGUGCCUCUCGGUUCAGCAGCACGAGCUACAUUUCUGUCCAAUCAGAAAGACCGCAAGGAAACCGCAAGAUCCGCCAGUUGCAGUCCAGAAGGCAUUCAUGGGAAGUAGAUAAUCAGUUAGGGGAGGUGCAGGAGGAGGAUGAGGCUGGAGACAGGGGGAGAGAGAGUUGUAAAGAGGAGAGGAUGCAGGGUGGGAGCAAAGAGUCAGGGAGAAAGAUAGAGAGAGACAUGGAGCAGCAGGAGGAUUUGAUGGAUAAAGAAGAGGAACUGCACCAAAGGAGUGCCUCAGAGACUAACCUCAGGCAGAUGGGCACUUCCGGUGGGGUGAACAUGACCAAGAGCACAAGCAUCAGCGGUGACAUGUGUAACCUGGAGAAGACGGACGGCAGUCAGUCGGACACGGCGGCGGGCACGGUAGGCACUGACGACAAGAAGAGGCGCUCCAGCAUUGGUGCCAAAAUGCAGGCCAUGGUUGGCAUGUCGCGCAAGAGCCGGAGCACCUCACAGCUCAGCCAAACAGAAGCAGGAGGCAAGAAGUUGCGCAGCACGGUCCAAAGGAGUACAGAGACGGGCCUGGCGGUGGAGAUGAGGAGCAGGAUGACUCGACAGGCCAGUCGGGAGUCCACUGAUGGGAGCAUGAACAGCUACAGCUCAGAGGGAAACCUCAUCUUCCCCGGUGUGAGGCUUUCCUCGGACGCUCAGUUCAGUGACUUCCUGGAUGGUCUGGGACCUGCCCAGCUGGUUGGACGUCAGACUUUGGCUACUCCACCAAUGGGCGACAUCCAAAUAGGCAUGGUGGAGAAAAAAGGAGCCCUGGAGGUCGAGGUCAUCAGAGCUCGUGGCCUUGUGGGCAAACCAGGAUCUAAGGCACUGCCAGCACCAUACGUAAAGGUCUACCUUUUGGAAAACGGAGCCUGCAUAGCCAAAAAGAAAACUAAAGUAGCAAGAAAAACGCUGGAUCCUCUCUACCAGCAGCAACUGCCGUUUGAGGAGAGUCCAGGAGGAAAAGUUUUACAGGUCAUUGUCUGGGGCGACUAUGGACGUAUGGACCAUAAAUCCUUCAUGGGAGCAGUCCAGAUCCUGUUAGACGACCUGGACCUGUCCAACAUGGUGAUUGGCUGGUACAAGCUCUUCCCUCCUUCCUCACUAGUGGACCCUACUCUGGCCCCACUGACAAGAAGAGCUUCCCAAUCCUCACUGGACAGUUUCUCUCGAUCAUAGCAGCGUGUGGACUAAUAGCGUUGUUGUAGCAGCCAGUGUUGCGAUUACAGGUCACGAGCCCCGGUUACACUGCAUGCUUGAUGUUGUGUCUUCUGAGCCUGUUUCUAGGGGCGCGAACGUGAUCCUGUGUUUUAAGCAAAAACGUUGCGCACAUUGUGCACGUGGCAAAGUGUGUUGCAAGCACCCAGCGGCAGGGAUUGCCAGGUGUUGUUGUCAUUCGGAAGAGGCCGGGAUGAACUCCUUAGCACGAGGAACUUCUCAGUUCCAGGUUUUCUUCCAAUUUGAAGCCAUGGGGGCCGACACUGGGUACUAAUAAAUGAGUUCAACAGUGGCCCCUUUAGAAUGAAAAAAAAAAAUCAAUGAGUUGUUUUGAUUUUUUUUCUCUUUUCCGUUUCCUUUUUUCUUUUGUUUCUUUAAAUGUCUGCGGUACUUUUAUCUGAAUGGGGUGACGGUGUUCCCGAACACAUGCUUGGUCACACCAUGCCAACAAACGUAGCUAACAUGCAGUUGAGGAGACCAACAUUUUCCAAAGGGGGUGUGUUCGUGUGUCCUCCUACCUGCAAGAGAAAUGCAUUGCAUCCUCUUGGUCUAUGUGCUGACCCGCUGUUGCUGGUAAACCACCAGAUAAUCAGGGGCAAAACUGAAGUGGCCUCCAACAACACCCCAAAAUAAACUGCAUCAAUCCCAACCCCAUAAAAAGUACUAUGGUAUUUUUCACUUCCUUUCUCUGCUGAAAAUCCUAUAAGAAUCCAAUUCUGAUAUUAUUUUCCCUUUCAGUUGAUUUGCAUGGGCACAAACUUAGCUGAAUAAUAAUAAAAAAGAAUUCUAUUUAUUUUUUGAGGCUGUAACUUGCAAAAAAAAAUGAAUAAAACUAAAAACAGAUCAGCCAUUUUCAACAAUUUAUAUUAUUUUUCAAGAAGAGUUUCACUAGUGCAUGGUUUUCAAAGGGAGUGAAUGCAACAUUGUGACAAAAAAAGACAGUUUAUCAUUCUUUUUAACCAUGAGUCAUAAGUCUGUGUUUUUAAAACAAUCAGAUUAAGGGAACUUUAAAAAAAUAUAUAUGUUUGGAGUUAUUUAAGAAAAAAAUGACAAUGAGAAUAAAUGUUAGAUAUUUAUUUCAUUGUAAAAGGCUAAAGCCUUAGAAAGAUUAAUGUAAUGUGCAAAUUGUACAUUUCUCUUUUUCUUCCUUGUCCCAGGGUACUUCUCUUUGUGGUAUUCGCUGCUACCAUCAGUUAGUCCCCUGAAACUGUCCAAAUUUAAGGACUCUUAGUUACUUUACACUUCUGCAUUGUUUUAAUGCGCAUUUUUGUUUCGAACUGAAUUUGAUUUUACAAGCAUGUUGAAAAGGAUUUUCUGCAACAUGUCUUGGGCACACCUUACAGUAACUCAGCAUGUUUUUGAUAACGAUGAUAUUUGGACUUUUUGCAGAUUCUUGUACAGUGCAUGUGAAUUUUAUUACUUUUCUCCCUCACGAUUAAUUGAGCAGUGAAUAAGUUGUUGGUCUUCCACGGCCAGGUAUAGAAGUUUGAUUACAGAGGAUUAAAAAAAUACAUUCCACCCCCCCUGAAAUCGUAUUUUCUUUCAAAUUUCUGAGGGAAAAUAGAAAAGAAGAACGAGAAAAAAAAAAAGUUUUAUAUUUUAUCAAAGCAGGCAAAAUAAAUGUGAUUUCAAAGUAUAUUUAUUUUGAUGCUGUUGACAAACAAACAUGCAAAAAUGAUCCUUUUCUGGUGCACCAAGACAUCUGUACGUAAUCAAGGGGCAGCAACCAUGCAAGAGCUGCAGGAAGCUGUGGUUCAGUUUUACAAGCACUCUUAGGUGAGGAUGAGCAAAUCACAAUUUUAAAAGAAAAAUAAGGGACAUUGCCACAGAAAAUUUGUUUUUUUUUUCUUCUUUUUUUGAAUGAAAAUGAAAUUAAUUUACUAUAUUUUUGUUAGUUUUACUUUGAAGCCAAGACCAAUUUAUUUUUUAUUUUCUAUUUUUAGUAACUUACAAAUACUUCCCAUGUUUUGGGAGGUAUACAAGUCUUACAGUUGCAGUAUGUCUGAAUGAAAUGGAACCGAGGCAUUGUUCCUUUUUCCACAUGAGGAAAAACAUCAUUUUAAUAAAAUAAUAAAAAUCCACCUCAACUGUGUAACAGAAUACAGAAUAUAUUUUCAAUUUAAAGCUCACUGUACAUACCUUUAGAUGUCAGAAUCUGAAUUAAACAAUAAGCAGAUCAUAUAUUCUCCUUUGGAGCAGGGAAAAUGCCUCAGGAUGAAAAAGACAUAUGUUAUUUAUCCUUUUGAAUGCCUUUUUGAUUUUCUCUUUUUGGUGCAAUGUGUUAAUGCCAAGGCUAUGUCUUGGCGAAGUAUGGUUGAGUACAGAGAUUUAUGUAAGUUAUUUUUCAAAUUAAAAAUAAAAGAAAUUGAUAUUACAUUGAUA